AUGAAGCUUAUCAGUAUUUUGGCAAUUAUAGCAUGUUUAGGCGCUGUCAUUGGUGCAAUUGAGAAGGUUAAAAUUUACAUUGAGUCAGAGGAUGAUCGCUUCGAUCAUGCGCAGCUUCAGAGUAGACAUGAGGGCGCUGGAAUUGACUACGAGUUUUUCCUUGAUAGCAAGGGAACAGCAUUGGCAGGCAAUUAUGAUGAUCAAAAAAAGCGUUUAUGGUUUUACGGAGAAGAAUUUGAUAAGAAUUUCACAUUAUUGGGUAAUGUUGUUUCUCUAAGUAUUUUAAAAGCGGAUCCAGUGACUUUUGAGGACGGAUAUUUGAAGCUCAACGAUACAGAAGACGGGUUUUUCGCUUGUAAAAAUAUAACUGAUCCUUAUCACUACUCAAAAAAGCAACACGCAUUAGUGUUUUAUCCUAAUCAGAAGCCAAACGGUGAUGACUGCGCGGCUCUUAAAUUCAAGAAAGAGUAA